AUGUAUGAAGGACUUGGUGUUUCUAUUCUCAUGCUUUAUAUCCCUUUUAUUCAGAUGUUAAAUAUGGUGUUACUUUCGGACAAUAAUUAUUAUUUGAAAAAGUUAAUAUUUGCUUCGAAUUUAAUCUACAUUUCUAGGGUCUUGAAUUAUUUGAACGAUGCUUAUUUUUACUACGAUAAUAUGAUAGAAAAAGGUUACAAAUCUUUGAUAGUGGUUUUUAUUCACGGCAUUUGUCGUGAUUAUGAAUGGGGUGGGAAAUCACAAUUUCGAAGAAUUUAUUUAUUUCUCAAAUAUGGUGGCGAUGAUACAAAACUUGUAGUGAAAAAAAAUCAUCGAGUAGGAAGAAUUAUCAAAGUUAAAGACGAUGAAUCCGAGGAAGAAUUUAAAGACCAACCAAAAAAAAAAGUUGGGCUCGGCACAUUGGCAUAA